CAGGCUUUAACAUCCCAAUGGACCACCUUUGGUUGUAUAUAAAGAAAGGAAAGACAUUUCCAUCUGGUGACACCAAAGAAGGAACGGUGAUACAAAAAAUGCAGCUUCUUGAUGACAGUGUUGACAUUAACAGGAAUACCAUUUUCAGAGUGAUUCAGAGUCGACAGUCAAACUAUUGUAAUUCUGAAUGUGACAAAAUUUUGGCAAAAAAGUUGUCUGGCUCAAGAUAUGAGCCAGUGCAGACCAGAAGUGAAUGCCAUUACUUUGUUGAAAACAGCGAUGAGUUUAUAAGGAAAACUGGACUACAAAAACAUGGAGAAGAAAAGUCACAUAAAUCAGUUAUGUGUAGCAACAAAGCCAAAGAUUACAAUACUGUAUUAACCCACAGUGAGAAAAGACAAAUGAAUAUCUUUGCAACAUGUGAACAAAUAAUCAGAAGACAGAAUAAGUAUGAAUGUGCCACAUGUGGUAGUGAGAGAAGAUAUAAACCCUACAUGUGUGACGCAUGUAAGAAGGGUUUCUUAUGUAAGUUGAGCUUGGUAAGGCAUCAAAAGUUUGUACACACUGGGCAGAAUCCCUACAAAUGCACUAUGUGUGAUAAGAGCUUAAAAUGCAAAAACAGUUUGGUAAGGCAUAACUUACUACACAAUGGAAAGAAGCUAUAUAAGUGCACUACAUAUGGAAAGCAUUUUACACAGAACCAUAAAUUAGAGGUACAUCACAAUAGCCACACAAGAUGUAAACCAUACAAAUGUGCCACGUGUGGCAAGUGUUUUAGAAAAAAAAGAUACUUAGUGGCACAUCAGAAUGUCCAUAUGGAGCAUGAAACUUGUAAAUGUGCAACAUGUGGCAAGGAUUUUAAAUCUGAGUUUCACAUGGUAAGACAUCAGUAUGUUCACAGUGAGAAGGCUAGACAGAAGCCCUAUAAAUGUACCACAUGUGGCAAAUGUUUUAGAAAGAAAAGUUACUUAGUGGUACAUCAGAAUAUCCAUAUGGAGCAAGAACCCUGUAAAUGUGCCAUAUGUGGCAAGAAUUUUAAAUCUAAGUUUCACAUGGUAAGACAUCAAUAUGUUCACAGUGAGCAGGCUAAGCAGAAGCGCCAAAAAUGUGCCACAUGUGGCAAAAGUUUUUCAAAGUGGACUAACAUGGCAGUGCACUACCUUAUCCACACUAGAGAGAAACCUUAUAACUGUGACACAUGUGAUAAGGGUUUCACAAGGAAGGAUCACUUAGUAAAGCAUCAGUAUAUUCAUUCUGAGCAGAAACCUUUUAAAUGUGCUGUAUGUAACAUGAGUUUUACAACUAAUUUUCAAAUGAUUACACAUCAGUAUUCCCACUCAGGACAGGGAGUAGAUACAUGUGCUACAUCUGACCAAGGCUUUACAGAUAAAAUGAGCCUUGCAGAAUAUCAAAGUAUCCAGAAUCCCUAUAAAUGUGCCACAUGUGGCAAGGGAUUAGCAACCAAGGACAGUCUAAAAACACAUGAGCGUAUUCACACUGGGCUGACACCCUUCAGAUGUACUACAUGUGGCAGGGAAUUUGUAACUAAGAAUAGUCUAAUAGCACAUCAGAGAAUCCACAGUGGGGAGAGGCCCUAUAAAUGCACUAUGUGUGACAAAGGUUUUAGAACUAAGAGCAAUCUGGUAAAACAUCAGCGUAUCCACUCUCGCUUAAAUCCACAGAUCAAGGAAAAACAUAAAAAAGAAAAAACAUUGGAAGUGAGAAAAAUGAAAAAACAAAGAUGGACAUGGGAAAGACAAAGAGAUCUGAUAUGGUGCAAUAUUUAUGCAAACGAGAAAGCCAAACUAAUCAAAGCCAAAAGAGCAGUUACAAAGAUAUUUUUAGAGACAUACAGACAAAGGCACCCAGAUAUGUAUAAUCUCACAAGACAAAACAUCAAAUCACAUCAGAAUAAAGUAAAAAAGAAAAUGACAGGGGCAGAAAUUAAAAAAAUAGAAACUGAAGUGAUAAACCAUCUGCGAAGUGAAGGGUUUAGUGUGGAAACUCCAACACAGGCAGUGAAGUGACAUGACACACCUGAUAGAGGAGCAGCAGCUGGAGCAGGAUGCAACUGAAGAGGCUAUACCACGGAGCAAUGUUCUGGAACCUUCUGUAUGAAUCUCACAUGAAAGUCCAGUUCAAUUAAUGAUUUAAAAUAGAUAGGUAGACAUGUUAAGAUAGAUGAAAGCAAUAGAUUACAGAAAGUAAAUAAAACCCAAAAUGUUAGAAGAAUGCUAAAACAGAUCAACAAUGUAAUCAUGAUUGUUAGGAGAAAUGCGUCUGAUGUAAUUGAAAUAUAUGCAGUAUAUUACUGUGGAUCUAAACUAAUAACAGAUAGUGUUACCACAAACAUGAGUAGCAAAGGAAAGGAACAAGUAGAACAGCACAGUGACAGCACUGACUAGAGAAAUCUAUAAAUCAGCUAAGACAGGAAAUAUUACUGUUAUAAGAACACAGAAAAAGGAAUGUAUCAAAAAUCCAUAGAAAGAUAAGAUGUGACAGCAUAAAAGUAGAGAGGAUUUAUUAUACACUAUUUCCAAUAAUCAACUAAAAUAUCAGCAGAUGUGGAAAAAACCUAGAAGACAUGUGGAUAAAUAUAAAGAAUAAAUACAAAAUAAACACUUCAUUGAUGACCCAAGAAAGAUUUUAUAGAGAACUGGGAAACAAAGCAAAAGGAAUAGAAAGUCCAACAAAAAGAAGAAAAAAGAGUGGAAUUUUGGGAAGGUAUUUAUGAGGAUCCUAUUGAAGAUUAACAAAGCUAACAAAGGGACAGAAGAGUUAAAAGAAAGAGUACAGAGCAUUACUGUAAGUAGUAUGAAGUGGAAUGGUGUAAUGUUCAGAGCAAUUUAGACAAGAUGAAGAAAAGCUCCUAAAUGGAAAAUCCUGGGGUCAAGAUGCAGUACCUAACUCCUGGCUAAAAUUAACAUGUCCAUUCAAAGAUUUAGUCUUGAGUUAGAAUUACCUGUAUGUACAGCCUGAGCAGAUAUCAACCUGAACAGUACUCCUUAAGAAAUAACCUGCAAGCCAUCCUAAAAACUAUGAACCAGUAGCCUACUUCCCAGCAGUAUAAAUUACCUACUAGAACAAAUGCUGACAGAGUUUAUAACCAUAUAGAAAUAAAACAAUCAUGGCAGUAGUACAAAAUGAUAAUGAAAGAACAUAAUACAGAACAAAGGAUCAUCUAUUGUUAAAUAAAACC